AACGUCCUGAGUUUUCGCGGGAAAAAAACUCCUAGCAGCUGGAAGGAACCCGCGUUCUCGUGCUCACUUGGGUCUUCCGCCACUCACGCGGCUCCCUUCUGGGUCACCCAUCGCAGUGCCAGGCGCUCCAGGGAGAGCAGAGUGCGGAUCGCCGCCGCGAGAGAGUCCUCCAGUACUUCGGCAUCAUGUGGAUCCAGGUUCGAACUAUGGACGGGAAGGAGACCCACACCGUGAACUCUCUGUCCAGGUUGACCAAAGUGCAGGAGCUGAGGAAAAAGAUUGAGGAGCUGUUCCACGUGGAACCCCAGCUGCAGAGACUCUUUUACAGGGGCAAACAGAUGGAGGACGGUCACACACUCUUCGAUUAUGAUGUGCGCCUCAAUGACACAAUCCAGCUGCUGGUGCGCCAGAGUCUGGCACUACCUCUCAGUACAAAAGAACGCGACUCGGAGCUCUCAGACUCUGACUCUGGCUAUGGUGUGGGUCACAGUGAAUCAGACAAGUCGUCCACGCAUGGUGAAGGGGCAGCUGAAGGAGAUGACAAGACUAUAUGGGAGGACACGGACCUGGGGCUGUACAAGGUUAAUGAGUACGUGGAUGUGCGUGACAAUGUCUUCGGUGCAUGGUUUGAGGCCCAGGUGGUCCAGGUACAGAAGAGAGCCCUAUCUGAGGAUGAACCCUGUAGCUCCAGUGCCAUUAUGAGCCCAGAGGAUGACAUCAUGUACCAUGUCAAGUACGACGACUAUCCAGAGCAUGGAGUGGACAUUGUCAAAGCCAAGAAUGUUCGUGCUCGUGCUCGAACUGUGAUCCCGUGGGAGAACCUGGAGGUGGGUCAGGUGGUCAUGGCCAACUACAAUGUGGACUACCCCAGGAAACGAGGCUUCUGGUAUGAUGUUGAGAUCUGUAGGAAGCGCCAAACCAGGACGGCACGUGAGCUCUACGGCAACAUCAGGCUCUUGAAUGAUUCUCAGCUCAACAACUGUCGGAUCCUGUUUGUGGAUGAGGUCUUUAAGAUUGAGGUCUGUGGCGAGGGGAGCCCCCUGAUGAGUAGCCCCUCGCAACCCCCUCCUCCCCUCCGGAACACAGGGAAGAGUGGCCCGUCCUGCCAGUACUGCAAGGAUGAUGAGAACAAACUAUGUCGCAAGUGCGCCUGCCAUGUGUGUGGUGGGCGUGAGGCUCCUGAGAAACAGGUGCUGUGUGAUGAGUGUGACAUGGCCUUCCACCUGUACUGCCUGCAGCCACCGCUCACCUGUGUUCCCCCUGAGCCGGAGUGGUACUGCCCCAGCUGUCGAACUGACUCCAGUGAGGUGGUACAAGCAGGGGAGAAGCUGAAGAAAAGCAAGAAGAAGGCAAAGAUGGCGUCAGCCACUUCUUCCUCCAGGCGGGACUGGGGCAAGGGCAUGGCAUGUGUUGGCCGCACCACAGAGUGUACCAUUGUGCCCGCCAACCACUUCGGACCCAUUCCUGGUGUCCCUGUGGGGACCAUGUGGCGCUUCAGAGUCCAGGUCAGUGAGUCCGGUGUGCAUCGGCCGCAUGUGGCAGGCAUCCACGGCCGGAGCAACGACGGUGCCUACUCGUUGGUGCUGGCUGGUGGCUAUGAGGAUGAUGUGGACAAUGGCAAUUUCUUCACGUACACAGGGAGUGGUGGCCGAGACCUCUCUGGCAACAAGCGUACAGCGGGACAGUCCUCUGACCAGAAGCUCACUAAUAACAAUAGGGCUCUGGCACUCAAUUGCCACUCCCCAAUCAAUGAGAAAGGUGCUGAGGCUGAAGACUGGCGCCAGGGGAAGCCAGUCCGCGUGGUCCGAAACAUGAAGGGUGGGAAACAUAGCAAGUACGCCCCCGCAGAGGGCAACCGUUACGACGGUAUCUACAAGGUGGUAAAGUACUGGCCAGAGAGAGGAAAAUCUGGCUUCCUCGUGUGGCGCUAUCUCCUUCGACGAGAUGACACGGAACCCGAGCCCUGGACCCGGGAGGGCAAGGACCGCACUCGUCAGUUGGGGCUCACUAUGCAGUACCCUGAAGGCUAUUUGGAGGCCUUGGCUAACAAGGAGAAGAACAGGAAGCGCCCGGCCAAGGCCUUGGAGCAAGGACCCUCACCUUCCAAGAUAGGCAAAAGCAAGCGGAAGUCCACAGGCCCAGCUACCUCCAGCCCCCGUGUCUCUAAGAAGAGCAAGCUGGAGCCCUACACGCUGCCAGUGCAGCAGGCCAGCCUCAUCAAGGAGGACAAGGGCAAUGCCAAGCUGUGGGAUGAGGUGCUAAGUUCUCUUCAGGAUGGGCCGUACCAGAUCUUCCUGAGCAAGGUGAAAGAGGCUUUCCAGUGCAUCUGCUGCCAGGAGCUGGUGUUCCGGCCAGUCACCACCGUGUGUCAGCACAACGUUUGUAAGGACUGUCUGGACAGGUCCUUCCGGGCCCAGGUGUUCAGCUGCCCAGCCUGUCGCUACGAGCUGGACCACAGCGCCCCAACCCUGGUGAACCAGCCCUUGCAGACCAUUCUCAACCAGCUCUUCCCUGGCUAUGGAAGUGGCCGGUGAUGCCAAGACCCAGGCAGAGGCCCCAUGGAUCCAAGUUCAUAGAGUUCUGUCUCCACAUCAGCUGCCUAGAACCAUCUGCAACCAUCUUUGAAAAGCCCAGACAUGUCUUCCUGGCAACUAUCUGUGUGCUUCAUUCCAGGGGUGGCCCCUGCAGCCAUCCCUCUGGCCUUCUUAGGAGAACUGGACAGGGCCAUGGGCCAGCCUCAGCCCUGGCCUGAAUUCACUGACAUCAGAGGGACUUGGCUGUGGCCUCAGGCCUGGGUACCACCUGAGCUGAAGCUGCAUGUGCCGUGGGCUUUGUCACUUCACCACUGAGCCAUUGGAUGUCCACCUUGGAAGCCUGGUUUUCGGAGUACGCACUGGCUGAGGGCUGAGAUGUGGUAUCAGUUCCAUUUUGUUUUUAACUCAGCAACUGAGAAUUCUGAGGGUUUCUGUAUUUUUCUAUUUUUAUUUUUUUAAGUGGGAUAAAUGGUUUCCUCAAUGAAUUUCUUUUGUAGUUACAGCCUGUACUGAGGACAAUGUUUUCCUUGGUUGGUUUUUGUUUCUUCUGUAACUUGUGACUUUACCAAAGGGUGUAGGCCUAUCUCAUGGGAGCAACCAUUUACUGCAGGCAGACUGGGCAGCACGGUUCUAGGGACGUGUUUGGUUUUGUGUGGGGUUUUUUUCUUGUUAGAUUGUUAACAUAUUGUAAGAAAAUAAAAUUCUGUGUGGAUGUUUUCUAAAGUUCCAUAUGUUUUUGUUCAGAUUUUAGAUCUCAAUAAAUUUUUUUUCUGCAGAUA